AUGGUGGGAGAGAAGGUCCGGAAAGCUGUGUGCUGGGCCACAGUGACUCUGCAUUGUUUCCAGAGAGCAGUCAGAGAUUUGUGGGUUUGAGUGUCUCCCUCAAACGGUGCCCAGUGCCGUGUGUUGGUACAUGUGAUGAGAGUCUCAGUGGAGUACUCACAUUCCAAGAAGAAGGACACCAUGGACAGCCUGGAGAAGCAAUUGAUUUGCCCCAUCUGCCUGGAGAUGUUCACGAAACCUGUGGUCAUCCUGCCCUGCCAACACAACUUGUGUCGCAAGUGUGCCAAUGACAUCUUUCAGUCGUCGAAUCCAUACCUGCCAACCCGGGGCGGGACAACGGUAGCCGCUGGGGGCCGUUUCCGCUGCCCGUCAUGCAGACACGAGGUGGUUCUGGACAGACACGGGGUGUAUGGACUGCAGAGGAACCUACUUGUAGAGAACAUUAUUGACAUGUUUAAACAGGAAUCCAGCAGCUCCACUGGCGACAAGCCUGGACUGGAGAGAAAGUGUGACCAACCCACAUGUGAGGAGCAUGAGGAUGAGAAGAUCAAUAUUUACUGUGUCACAUGUGCCAUUCCCACCUGCUCCAUGUGCAAAGUUUUUGGCUCACACAAGGACUGUGAGGUGGCACCGCUGAAAACUGUGUACCAAACUCAGAAGGCAGAACUCACAGAUGGAAUAGCCAUGCUGGUAGGAAACAACGACAGGAUGCAGGGCAUCAUCAGCCAGCUGGAAGAGAUGUGCAAAACUAUAGAAGAGAAUAGCAGGAGGCAGAAGUCACAGGUGUGUGAGAAGUUUGAUCACCUGUACUCUAUUCUGGAAGAUCGGAAGGCUGAGAUGAACCUGAAGAUCAAUGCUGAGCAGCAAGAGAAGCUAGACUACAUUCGGGGACUACGAAGGAAGUAUGGGGAUCACCUUGAGAUGAUGUCCAAGAUUGUUGAGACAGGCAUUCAAGCCAUGGAUGAGCCUGAGAUGGCCCUCUUUCUGCAGAAUGCAAAGCCACUUCUACAAAAAAUCAGCGAGGCCUCCAAUAUCUCCCACUUGGAUAAGGUGGAGCGUGGCUAUGAGAACAUGGAUCACUACAGUGCAAACUUCAAGAAGCAGGGGGAAGCAAUACACAGCAUAGACUUCAUAAAAGAUGAGGAGGAAGAUGAGGAAGAUGAAGAUGAUGAGGGGGCAGAAGAGGGCAGAGAGGAAGGUGACACAGCUGGGGAGGCUCACGUGAGUUCAGCACAGUCAAGUGGAGGUGCUGGUGGGGGAGCACAGCUAAAUGAGCAGCAGCCGCCACCACCACCAAUGCCUCCACAAGCCCUGCCCGCAACCAGUCCUACUGCUCCACCUACAGUUGCACCAAAGGCCGCAACCACAUCCACCGCACCACAGACAACAGAAGUCCCAGGACAGGCUGGGAGGGGAGGUGUGGAACCAACCCUGUAUCCCAGCUGGUACCGGCUUCCGGGGCUGUCAGUACCACCAGGUCCGGUACAGACUGGGGAAGGCAUGGCCAGUGGGGUGGGGCAAAGGCAGAAGGGCGGGGCAGCAGCUACUGAGAGUGCAGACGGAGCAGGGAAGGAGCCUGGCUCCUCAACAGCGACGGCCUCCUCCCAGGUGUCCCAGGACUCACCUGCGGGGGCCGCAGGUGCCCCCCCGGAGGACAGAGGAGAACCUUCCCGCCACGUGUUUUCCUUCUCCUGGCUCAACGCCCUCCAGUGACCACCGUCGGCUUUGAAGAUCUUCACCUUAAGCCUUUUGUCGGCUUCCUCGCGCACCGCUGCUGUUGUUGUAGUACCUUCCAGAGCCGGUGUGUGUUCGCAGUGCAGCUUCAGCUUGAGAGACGCGCGCAAGAACGUACACAGCGAAGCAGUGCAAAUUAAGUGCUU